AUGGUUGACACAGACAAAAACCCAACUCGGAAGCAAGUGAUGGCGUUUUUAGAUGAAUAUUUUGAAAAUAAAAUUGAACUUCAUACUUGGUAUCCACCAGAUUUUAAUCCAAAUCCACCAUUUGUAAAUAAUAUUAAGGAUCCUCGGCUUAAACAGUUUGCAAAGGACUUAAUCGGCAUUUGGCCAAAACUUGGACGAAAAGUGUCACCAGAUGUAGAAAAGAAUCCUAACCAAUACAGUUUUAUAUAUGUGCCAAAAGGAUUCAUUGUUCCUGGAGGAAGAUUUAAAGAGUUAUAUUACUGGGAUUCGUACUGGAUUAUCCGUGGUCUUUUGAUCUGCAAUAUGAAGAAAACUGCUAGGGGCAUGAUUGAAAAUUUUUUUCACCUUGUUAACGAGUUAGGAUAUAUACCUAACGGUAGUCGAAAAUAUUAUCUGGGGAGAAGUCAACCGCCGUUUCUGGCUUGGAUGGUUGCCGACUAUUUUACUGAAAUAGAGGACCAGACAUGGCUUAAACAUAAUAUUGCAACGCUUGAAAAAGAAUUGCAAUAUUGGUUGGAGAGAAAGACAAUAACAGUUGAAAUUAAUCGUUAUAAAUACCGACUUUUACGAUAUGCAUCGGACAAAAGUGUCACUGGUCCCCGACCUGAAUCUUAUUACGAAGACUAUACGUACGGUAAAACAGUUCCUCUCCCACAGCGCCAAAAGUUCUAUACGGAGAUAAAAACUGCAGCGGAAAGUGGCUGGGACUUCUCAUCCAGAUGGUUCGUGAGUUCUGGCAAGAACCCGAACUUCAAUAUGACUGAUAUUAAAACUUCACAAAUCCUCCCCGUUGAUUUAAAUUCAGUUUUUGCUGGAGCAUUACAAAAAAUGGGCGAUCUGAAGAACAAAGUCGACGGUUACAAGAGUGCCAAUGUGUGGUGGAAAUUAGCCGAACAAUGGAGACACGCAAUUGAAAAUGUUAUGUGGGAUACCGAGGACGGAGUUUGGUAUGACUACGAUAUUAUAACAAAGUUACGGCGGAAGCAUUUCUACUUGAGUUGUGCAGCCCCACUCUGGGCAAGCGCUAUUGAGCCAUGGCUGGCAACUGAUCGUGCCAGAGCUUUUAUUAAAUACCUACGCUCUACGGGAGCGCUCCAAUUCCCUGGUGGUGUUCCCACAUCUUUGCGGCACACAGGCGAGCAGUGGGAUUAUCCAAACGCGUGGCCACCUCUUCAAGCUAUGCUUAUCGGUGGAUUGGAAAAAAGCGAGUACAUAGAAGCGAAACGAUUAGCAAAACAACUAGUGAAAAUUUGGAUUACGGCCAACUACAUUGGUUAUAAGAAACACCAGAAGAUGUUUAAGAAGUAUACCUGUUCUAAUCCUGGUGAGUACGGAGGUGGAGGAGAGUAUGAGGUCCAAACUGGUUUUGGCUGGACGAACGGAUAUGUUCUUGAAUUGCUACGGAGGUACGGGGAUGAACUUGAGUUUGAAUAA